AUGACCACAGCAGGAAAGCCCUGGGGCUGGUUCCUGGGGCAUCUCCUCCUCGGUGUCACAGGAUCCCUCGCCUGGGGCGGCAGCAGCCGCAUCAUAAACGGCGAGGACUGCCGCCCGCACUCGCAGCCCUGGCAGGCGGCCCUGUUCUUGGAAAAUGAAUUCUUCUGCGGGGGCGUCCUGGUGCAUCCGCAGUGGGUGCUGUCAGCCGCACAUUGUUUCCAGAAGUCCUAUACCAUCGGGCUGGGCCUGCACAGUCUUGAGGCCGACCAAGAACCAGGCAGUCAGAUGAUAGAAGCCCACCUCUCCAUCCAGCACCCAGAGUACAACAAACCAUCUUUUGCCAACGACCUCAUGCUCAUCAAGUUAGAAGAAUCAGUGCCCCCGUCUGAUACCAUCCAGGACAUCAGCAUAGCCUCCCAGUGCCCGGCCGCCGGGGAUUCCUGCCUGGUUUCCGGCUGGGGUCGGCUGGUGAAUGGAAGACUGCCCAAAGUGCUCCAAUGCGUGAAUAUCUCAGUGGUGUCGGAGAAGAUCUGCAGUGAACUCUAUGCCCACGUGUACCACCCCAGCAUGUUCUGCGCUGGUGGAGGCCAGGACCAGAAGGACUCCUGCCAUGGUGACUCCGGGGGCCCCCUGGUCUGCAACGGGUCCCUGCAGGGCCUUGUAUCCUUUGGACAAGCCCAGUGUGGCCAACCUUACGUGCCAAGCGUCUACACCAACCUCUGCAAGUUCGCGGACUGGAUACAGAAAACCAUCCAGGCCAGUUAA